AUGCCACUGGCCUGUGCAAGUCUUGAUAAUAAAUCACGCUCCGCUCCAGAAGCGUUUUUUUUCUUUCGCUCAACUCUCCCAAGUGGCUCAAGUCUCCCACGUCGUGCCGCAGAUACGGCCGGUCAGCGACCAAGUCGCUCAGUCUCGCUCCACCCGUCCACCCCCACGCCGGCCCAAGUGAUCCCCGGUCCUGAUGCGGACCUUGUCGUGUACCAAUAA